AUUUGCAGUUAACUUUCUAAUUACUACUGCUCGGGCUGCAUUAGAAUUCUUUAUGCAAUUCGAUUAACCGUGCUUUUCAUUAUAGACUUACCGAUUUGCUUGCACCAAGUAGCAUUUAAAGAAAUUUGGUCCAGACGUUAAUGAUUUCGAGGAUUCAGUGUCCAAAGCAGGCCCAAACCUGUCAUGAUAUUUAGGUUUUUAAAAAGUGCAGUGAGCUUUUAUCUUGGAAAGUGUCUUAUAAAGCAGUCGUUUAGUGGACUGAUGUUUUAUUGACUUGAAUAAAUCAAAGUCGUUUAUCGUAAACUUAGUGUCGAUUGGACUGCAUUUUUCGCUAGGCAAAUGGCAAAUGGUAACACAAGCCUUCGAAUUUGCCUCUUGCAAUUUGCUGCACAGCAAAAUCUAACUCAAACACUAACCCAUCUUGAGCAGUUAGUAUCGAAAGCAGUCAACCAGUACCAGCCACGAAUAAUUGCAUUACCGGAAUGCUUCAAUUUCAACUAUUGUGCUGACAGCGCCAUUAUUAAAGCUGCAGCUGAGUCAAUAAAUGACGGUGUAACUGGUGGUACUUUGUCAAAGCUAUCAAAACAGUACGGCGUAUUUAUCGUAGGUAGUCUCAUUGAACGUGAUCGCAAUAAUUUCUACAAUACAUCUGCAGUUUGGGACCCGAAUGGAGAUGUAGUUGCACGUCAUCGUAAGGUUCACUUAUGUAACUUUCGCACAAUCACGGGCUUGGAUGUAUGCGAAGUUGACAAAUUAGUACCCGGCAAUGAAAUCACCACGUUUCAAGUGGAUGAUUUUAAAUGUGGUAUUGCAAUUUGUAAGGAUACCGUAUUCGAUGAGUUUAUCAAAAUAUAUGGGAAAAAUGGCUGUGACUUAAUGUUCUUUCCAUCAGCUGUGCAUGUUACCUCUGGGGACCAGUAUUGGGAUUUAACAAACCGGGCUCGAGCGCUUGACAACCAAUUCUACGUGGCUGCUAUCUCACCAGCCCGGAAUGAACAUGCAGCAUAUGUUGUUUACGGUCACUCCAUGAUCGUUGGCCCAGAUGGUUUUACUCUCGUUCGAGCUGACGCAUGGGAAGAAAUAGUUUUCCAAGAAAUUGAUCUCAAGGUCAUUCAGAAAGCUCGCAAAGAUUUUCUUUUGUAUCAAUCCAGACGGCCAGAGGUUUACAAUAAAUAUGUUGAUAAAUAAAUUAAUUAUAAUGUCGCUUUUCUAUUGGAUUGUGUUGAAGAUAUAAUGU